AAGGUAUACAUAGAAGCAUAGGGUUAUCAGCUUUUUUUGACACAACAAGAACGGCUUGUAGAAAAUAGGCUUGCGAACGCAUGGGGCGGGAGGCGCGCUUCUUGGCCCGCGCGGCGCGUGAUAGCGUUUCGUGUGGCUCACAUCGCGGACCGCAUUAUUUGAUGUGAACGUUUGCGAGCAAGUCGAGACACACAUCGACGCGCGAUCCUCCUUUCCGUAGAGAGGUGCGAUUCCAGGUCGAACACAAUCUUCACUUGUGACUAGGUGGAGGCUACUUUCCUAGCGACGAUAGACUAGACAUCUCACAGCAUCAUCCGUGAGGCGAACCUCCGCGGACUCGCAAUAGAACGAAAAGCACGACUUCGCCGGAAUUGUCCACUUCUUGCUAGCGACGAACGAACGAGAUUUUUCUUGCGAAAAAUAGACGUCUGCAGCCAUUGAGUCUCCGAAAGCGAGGCGAUUCGGAUUCGAUGGGCAGCAGUAAACGGCACAACUGACGCUCGGCAUAGCUGACGCUUGUGAGAAAGACGAAGGAGAAAAGAAAGUGGACACAACAGCUAGCGGAUACGGCUACGGUAGUACAACAAGCACUACAUCAAUGAACUUCAAAAUAAGCAGACAAAUAUCUUCACAACCACAGGAGAGUAUAAGAGCAAGUAGUAGCUAACAGUUGAUAGGAACGCGAAGAUGUCUUCCUCUGUAGCCGCUGCACCAGCGCCGGCACCGACGGCCGCGACCAUUUCGGCCGCGUCGUCCAGUGCGGCUCAGGGUGGAAGUCCGAACGGGAAGCCGCGGCGCUUUAUCGUGGCGCGCAAGGUGAAUGAGCAAGAAUUUGUGGAGUUUGCGCAGAAAAUGGACAUGAUCAACCUGGAUCCUGUUUUCGACGCCGCUCCUCCAAACUUUCAGCAUUUCACGGUUCCGCCAAGAGUACCACCAGAACAACCUCCAGCGGCGACUGAACAAAAUGUCAGGAUCGCAAAUGCAGUGGAAGCAGAAGCAAAAGCGGUAUUGAUUCGACGCUGGAUGAAAUAAAAUUUGAUGAGCUCACUACAAGUCUAUUCUUUCUUGUUACUUAAAUGCAUCAUUUUCUUAUCCAUUUUCUCUUUCUCCAUCAAGAUCUUCGAUAAUUGCACUCGCCUCGCAGCAUUUUAUGUCUAUCGAAACAAUACAAUCCCCAAUUACCCUAUGCCAUCACUCCCUCUGCAGGCUGCCAGGAGGUCGAUGAAAAGUCCAUUCACGAGGUGGGAUAGAAAGAUAAGCAACCUCCAUAACCUGACCAUCGGGGAGAAGAUAAACUCACAGAGACAUGAAAGUAUUACUUAGAUUCAUCUGGAUAUUUAGCAUUGGAUAGCUUGUUUUGGCGGUAGAACAAGCAGAUCUUUCACCAUCGGAUGGACUUCAGUGCUGCGAGCUCCUUUCAGGUUUUUAUUGCACAUCUCUGCGCACCACAGAUGCUCUAGCGCGAUGGGAGAAGAUGAAAAAGGAAUGGGAGCGAUUCCGGAAUGUUGCGAGCAAAGUGACGGAGAGGCCGAAGGAGAUGUUAACGAUAACAGGUGCGGAGGAAUACAGGGAAAGAGUAGAGCUGAUGGACCUGAUAGAUCGAGCAACGCCAGAUUUUAUAAAAAGCGGUGGAUAUGGAUGGUAGGAUUUUUUUGGAGAAGAAGACGCAGUAGUAGAGGUCUUGAAGAAGUAGUUUUGUUGACAAUGGAGGCGUGGGGGUGGGCGUAGAAAAAUUUAUAGUCGGUUUGUAGCAGGCAUGCAGGUAGGGUGUGCACUGACGACUGAGUCAGUAAAUGGGUGAUUGAACAACAAGUGAGCCUACUGUUCUACUUUUGUUAUAUCUCGGAUACAGCGACAGGCUGCCAUUUUGCUUUUAGGUCAAAGAACUGAUAAAUCUACAACCACUCCAGGUACCAGUCACUGAGAGACUACGGCGCACGGCUGAUCACGAUAGGAAACCUCUUUAGCGGACUGUAUCUUUACAUCAAGCUCAAACCGAAUGCCAAUGGUCAGAUAAUACGGAAACCGUGGCUGCGAGAGCUCGCCUAUUUUCGAGCGAAAAACCAUACUCACACAUGGCGGGAUAAUCCAUUUCUAGUCAAGAGGAAAAAAAGGUAUCCAUAAGAUUUACCUCAUGAAUCUUCGGUAACAAAUGAAGGUGGUUGCAUUCAUCUGCAUCCAAGAACAUAGCAAAAGUGAAGAGCUUGGUUGAUGUUUUUGCAUCCAACAUAGAACCAAAUCGAGAGAAGAGGCUGUUGAUGACACUUAUCAAUCUACCAUCGAAAAUGUGCCACAAUUUCUAGGUACCAUGCUGCCAUGGAGAUGAUGAAUCCCGGGAAGCUGGGCAUCGAUGAAAUGCUGGAGAUCGAAGGCAUCAAUGCCGAGAGGCUAGCGGCGAUAAAUGAGAUGGAGGAACCGGAGGAAGUCGACGAGGAUCUCGACGUCCGGGAAGAUGAGGAAGUGGAGGAGUCCCCGGUCGGCCCAGCAUGCGAGUUUGAGCCCUCCACACUCGAAUUCCACGCUUUAACGGGGCAAGCAGACACGACGCAUGUCACACUGAAGAACACAGGGUCAACAGUCCUGUUCUGGGAACUGGAAGAACUACCAGCAAUAAAGCACUUCAAGGAGUCGGUAUGAAAAUUCUGUUUGCUACAACUCUUAUUUGUUUAGACUUAGAGAAGCCACGAUCAACAUGAAACUCCUUGACCUGGUUUACUUGCGUACUAGGUUGUAAGUACGGAUUACUUAGCAUCUAGCUCUGACGACCCAACCCCAAGAAAACAUGAAGUAAUUUUUCCUCCAUGCACCGCAUAUCUAUGCUUUAGAACAAUUUGAAUUUCACACUAACAAAAUUAGGUUUGCCCCUCCGACCCAUCACGGCGUUUCCAAGCGCAUUGCGUGAAGGGCAAGAUAUUUCCUGGUGCAGAGACUCAGAUCUACGUCACUUUUCUCUCCUCUACAGCGGGAAGCUUCACAAGUAGGUGGCGUCUGAAAACGAAUCCGUCCAUACAAACGGAGGUAUAAUUGUGAAGAGGCUUCUUGCUUUUGUUUUUUCCUCUCGAUGGAAGUUCACAUUGUUGUUCUCUAUCAUGAUUGAUGUGCACUAAAAAUGCACAAAGAGCAUCCAUGUUCUAUCAUCUGCAUGCUUUGUCACUCAGGACUACGUAAUGCACGGACUCUCGUACUGGCGACAUGCUGACAUUAUUAGCGAGUUGCAAGUGAAGCUGCAUGACAAUCAACUCGAGGCACAGUGCAAAGCGCAAAUAGAUGACAUCUUCGACGCAGUGGAAGUCACCCCAUUUCCAGAGCUGGACUUCGAACAGGAAGGUAAUACCGACGUACUUCUACUUAGCUGUUAGUUGGUGAAUUCCGAAUAGUUGCAGUCGGCUCAAGAUCAUUCAGUGAAGCGAUGCUCUCAGUCUUAUACUGAACAAGUUACUUAGUAGUAAUCGCAACUCGGAACAAGACCAAGACUAAACAAGGUUGUUCUACUCGUAGUCCUAUCUUUUUUCAUCUUCCCACCAAAAAUACAGAAAUUCGGCAGUUGUACUUCGAAGAGCGAAAUCCGGGUCUCCAUUACAUACCUGGUUACUAUGACCGCGUAGCAUCACUCUUAGGGGAAUUGCGCGAGUUCGCGCGAUCACAAGGCAUGCACAAUCAGGUUCUAUGGAAAGACGAUAGAGGCAAGGUGUUCGCUGAUCACGAGUAUGGAGAUCACUGCCACUACACAGAAGAAAACCAUGCAACUUGCAGAGGCCACCUGCCAAUGACCAAACCACUAGAGCCAAUGCGUACCACUUAUUUGUCGUUGUAUCACUAUUACUACAAGAGAAUGUGUAAAGGUUUUUUCCGUAAAGAUCCAAGCAAAGAACUGAGUUUUUCUAGAUUUGAGUAAGUUCGAAGAUAUUUAAUAUCGAUUAUUUCGCGUCACCCCUCAAUUUGAAUAUGAUCGAUCCCACUUUACAACAUUUUACAACAACGAACUACAGCUAUCACCUUCGGCCCUGAUUUCGAGUGGGAUCUUCGGGUGCAAGAGUUGAAGGACAUCCUCCGAGACGUCGAGCCGGCGAACCCUGAUGGACCGGAAAUGAUCCUUGCGCGCAACAUGCGUGCAGAAUUAGAUCGCCUAGUGCGGUUCUUCACCAAACGCCCACUUGAGAGAAGUCCCGUGUUUGGAAUACUCGAAGAGGAGACGCGAAAAUUCACUUCACUCGUUGUCGAUGAGUGGACCACGGUACAACUACCCAAAUUGAUAUUUUUCACACUCGUGAGUUAUUGAUUUUGCAUUUCUCUUGGCGAUUCCAGUUGCAUCUUUCACUUCUUCCACCAACAAAUUAUCUAUAACAACUAGGGUAGAUGAUUUAUUCUCUUGCUGCUGAAGAUGAUAAUCAUAAUCCUUUUGCAACAAUCAUCAGGCUCGCGCAGCGCUUCCCGAAGGCGCGGACGCCGAUGCGGUUGCUGCCGCAAGUGAGGAGUUUUGCAGCGGCUUUUCUUUGUUUACGGAACGGAAGAGGCCUUCUACGACGAACGAGGCUGGCGAAGCCGUUGAGGGAGAGGCAUACGUGAGCGACAUCUUAGACUGCGAGCAGACCAUGAAGACCGCUUCCCUGAUGCACACUGGGCCGAAAACCAUGAGCGAGGCCGUAGCGGCAUACCGGAAUAAGAUGACCACAGAAAGUGCGGAUCCGGCAGGCCAAGUGGUCUUCUACGAGAUGGAUUUGACAUCCAUCGUGCAUGUUGAAAAGCAGAGCGGGAAAAACGACGACGGAGAAGACAUCGAAGAGCUAGGCGUGGAAAUUCCAGAUCCCCAGGAGCUCGUAACAAGAAUGGAGAACGGUCUGAACGAGCUGAUAUCCGCGAAUCCAAAGGCCGUUUUUCUAUCGGCACAUAUCGAUAGCACGCAGGUGGCCUCAAUGGCCGGCGCCGAGGAAGGAGCAGGUAUUCUUCGAGCACCAAGCCUUGCGAGAUUUUUUAGUCUGUCUUGUUUCCCUAGGUGUUAGUUUGGAAUUAUGCUUCUGCAAUCGAAUGAAAGAACAGCAAGAAUUUAUGAGAUCUCGUUAAUUGUUCCGUGCACCUGCACGAGUGAAUCUCUCUGACCGCCCGCAAUCUCCACAGAACCUCCAACAGUCGUGCCUGGGAGCGUGAGCUUCCGCAACAGUAAGGUUGUUGAGGUUAUUCAGAAGGCGCUAGGCAUGAAUGUAGAGGUUCUAUCGCUUGAUGAGAUAGCGGAUCCCGAGUUUCGUGCGGAGAUCCGCAAAGAAACGGAGGAAGAGGAAGAACUCAAAGUCCUGUACCUCAUAGACAACCUCUCGUCCUCGUACAAGGAGCUAGGCGUCAGAAAAGUCGACGCCAACGUUCAAAGGUUUACAUGGGCGGAAAGAGACAACUGGGUACUUACAUUUUCGUCUACGUUUUAUGGGACAAGCAUUUACACUUGUGAGAAUUUAUUAUGAUAGAUGACCUCUGAUACUGAUUCGUUUGCAGAAGGUUUUACCCUUGCGGGUUUUAUAUACGUGUCCAUAUGAAGAUUUUAAUUUCUACCGCUUCUCGAUUUCAGGCCGACAGAACGUUUUCUUUCGGGUUCGACAUUUAUAUCCAAGACAGUUUCGGUGUAGCGGUGCGGGAUGAUUACACGACACAGCGGUAUCAAAGUUGGGAUAGACCAGCGUUGCCGAUACGCGUGAUCGGACAGUUUUUAGAUGCUGAGAUGCAAAAUCUUUUCGCGGAAGUGCUCAAGCUUGGAGAGGGCGGUGAGGAGAGCGGCGGCGCUAGUUCGGCCGCGGGCACAGCAGCAGAAGACGACGAGGCGGGUGCUGGUGUCCAGUUGCAAAUAUUAGGUGGAGCUGUCGAGAAGGGAGAAAAGAUGCAGUCAUGCGUGUCAGAGAAGCUGAGUUUUGCGAGAAAUAUGCUCGAGGAGGUGUCGCAAUUUGUUUUCGUAGGCGGCGACUUAGCGCUCGUGCUACUCAGGUACGUGUUCAACUGCGGGCCACUGUGGUUUGACGGCGGCGAUAGUGCCGCGGCCGCAGCAAGUGCCGAGACACCAGACGACAUUGCUGCCUUUCGAACGAGUCCGGACCUCGCAUUUUCAGCCUUUUUGCGUGAAAGAAUAGCAAACGUCGUUGAGAACAGGAACAAAGUGCUGCUUUUGCCGGUAGAUUUCGUCGUGGAUGUCACUUUGACAGCGGAGGAGGAGGCCGCAGUCGCUGCCGCAGCUGAGAGCGAGAACCCUGCUCCACCGAAAAAGCCCUUCCGACUGUGCGUCGGCGGCACAGCAACCAGCGAAGGCCGGAAAGUGCUAGUUCGGUCGUCCGAGAUCGUGUACGGUCCGCACCAGGGCAAGUGCCUCAUUUUGGAAACGCAGGAAGAGUCUGUGAGCGGUGUGUGGUCUUCGUGUGGCCGCGUGUCACUCGUAGAUUGCGCGGAGCUAGAUGCUGACAUCGCAGCAGAGAAAUGGCGGUUAGUAGAGAUGGAGCGGCUCGCCGCGGAAGCAGUAGCAAAUGCAGAAGCGGAAGGUGAGACCGCAGAGGCCGCACCCCCGGCAGUAGCCGAUGCAGAAGGCGGCGAUGCAGCGGCGGAGGAACCACCAGAACCGGCAUUUCAAGAUACUUGGGUGUCUUCAGUCCCAGCAGAAAUUCUAUCCGGAACCGGUAUUACAUUUAGAGAUAUUGGCCCGGCAUCGGUGGCGCAGAUCAAACGCGUGCUGUUCAAGGGCAAGAGCGUGAUAGCGAUGGACCGACUAGCCACGUUUGGCAAUGAUCCAAAGGCCUACGACGGAACCCGAAAAACUAGUGACGAAGAGGUCUGGGAUUACGUCGACGAGCGAAUGCAGCCCGUCGACGAGGAAGAAGAGGAGGAGGAAGAGGAAGAAGAAGAGGAGGACGAGGAAGGAAACCGUACGGAGAGCGUUUUUAGUUCUUGCAAAAUAUCAAGCAGUAGUUGUAGGCUUCAUAGCUUUCACGGACGUGGUAGUUGCUUGUGCAUGACAGGGUAAAAAAUUUCGAUCCCACGCAAACCUUAUAUGUGAUAUUUUAGACUCCAGCAUUCCCGUUUCCCUGAAUUGAUCCAUCUUCAUCUCUGCCGUCGAGAAGAAGGAAAAGCCGCCAAAGAAGGAGAAGCCAGCUGAGUUCGAGGCUUCGUUUUUCGUUGGGCAAGGCCUAGGAAAGAGCGUGGUUGCUUACAAACCGGAGCAUAGCUACACGCUUGUCGUGGAUAAGAUACCAGAGAGCUUCUUGAGCCGAUUCCUGGGUGGCGGCGCGCUUAAGGGCAUCGAUUGUCUUGGUGAUAAGCCAGGAAGGAAGCGCGGACUCAAGAGUGGCAAAUGAUUGGCAUCUCUCUGGUUUAUCCGUGUUGCUAUGUAUGGCGGGGCGCGUCGGAAAGGUGACGUCAUGCUAAGGCGGUAGAGCAGAGGCGUUGUGGUCUGAAUUAUCAUAGAGGAGCAGUAGGUUAUACUAGAGCGGGGGGACUUUCACGUGGGGGGAUUGAUGCCUCAAGUGAAGAAAACAGCAUAUUCACGAAUGGCGGUAAAUAUGCUUCAUGUGCGUACUUAUUCAAUUGGAAUUGAAAAAACUAAUGACUCCGCUCGUGGCAAACGUGCAACCGUUUCCUCGCUAAAGCUUGCAGUUUCUUGUUCCCGACAAACAACGACACAUAUUUAUUCUCAAUAGAUCCUACCAGAAAUUGAAAUCCGUUAUAAGUACUAGUAUUGACUUACUACAUUGGAUUCAAGUGAACAGUCUUAGCCAUAAAAAACAGGCUCAACUUUAAGAUUAAGUAGACUCAGUUACGAAAAUUAUUAUUUUUAUUAUGAUUUAGGGUCCUAGCUUAUGCUUUCUUGUACCAGAGCGAAGUUCAUCCUCAACAUCGUAAGGUAGACAAUCAAAUGUUGUAAGAAAUGCGAGUUUCCAGAUAUGAAGGGUCUCUUCUAAGGUACAGCGGAAUAGAUAACGGUAACUAGUUUUUACAAGUCAGUUAUUGGGCUUGAAUGACGAUGACAGCAGAACGAAUAUUGAAGUAGACUUGACAAUCUCCGAAAUACAGGUGGGGCAAGAAUUUAACCGGAUUCACAAAUCGAAGCACAACGGACUUGUUACUUGAUUGAUAUCACUACAGUUCAGAUUUUCUUUUUUUUUUCGAGACCCAGAUGCCAGGUUCCGUCAGAAGCGGAUUUUUGCGGCAUUAGGACCAGACGCUGCCGCCAAGAGAGGCAAGUAAACUGAAAGCGCCUGGCGGCAGAAUCUAGAAAAAUAGGCAGAUGAUGACACCGCCCCGUGUCAGAGACGCUUUCGUAUUCUAAAGUCUACAAGGCUACACAAACGCCGAAGGUUAACGCUGUUGCUGAUUCUCUUGUUUGAUUGAUUAAUUCUGUAUCAUGCUCUUCGAGUGCAGCAUCGAUGUUAUGCAAAAGCAAGUCAGUGCUUUUUUUGCAGCACUUUGCUUCCACUUAUCGUUGCAGCCUUUCUUACCCCGCCAGGUCUUCUGGAGUAGCUAGCAGAACACUGCGAAGGUGAUAGGUCAAGAACACAUGUACUAACCAUCUUCAGCUGUUCAUGCCUGGGACGAGGCACCCCUCACCUCUGUAAUUAAUUUCCGGUUUUUAGGUAUCUUCACCGCUAAAUUAUAGUAUGCUCUUGCGCCAAGCAGAGGCGACUGAACAUUGUUGGCUAAGUAUUAACUAUCGAUUACGAGUUCGAGUGAUUUUGUUCCUACUUCUUACGUGCUCUAUUUGUUGUUUUUUGAUAUUUUCUUUUACUGUCUGUGUGUGAGACACGUAUACACAAGGUUAGAUUGAACGCACUGAAUGCUUUAUUUUAUCACAAAAAAUUGCUAAUCAAGAAAGCUUAGAUGACAAUCGGACAAAGUUAUUUCUAAUAUUGAUUUGGAAACUGAAGCGAAG